CCUGCGGUCAAACACCACCGAAGAAGACGCAGGAGCAGUUUGAACUGAUAGAAAGCUGAUGGAAACGAGGUCUGUGAGAAAGUAGUCCAAAUCUGAAGCACUGCCCGCGGCCAAGGUUGGAUCCAAGUGGACUGUUCAUAGGAAGAGAGAAAUGUCUUACAUGGCUGCUCCAACGUUGCAACAGCCCGGUUUCCUUCUGGCCAACCUGAAGAAUGAUUCGUCCACCAAACCUCUCAUCCUGCGAUGCCAAGAACUGGUGAAGAUCAUAGAUGAAUAUCCUGCAAAGGAGCUGCACACCAUCUUCCCAUGGCUGGUGGAGACAGUGUUCGGUAGUCUGGACGGCAUCAUCGCCGGCUGGAACCUGCGACUCCUUCAUUCACGCAGCAACGAGUACAACAUCGUCCUGGAAUUUCUGAACCCGAGUGGUCCGAUGAUGAAGCUCGUCUAUAAACUUCAAGCAGAAGAAUAUAAAUAUGAAAUACCUGUAAAUUAUCUCCCGGGUCCAGUGAAGGCCUGCAUCCAGGAGGGGGUUCUCCCAGACUGUCCGCUGUUCCACAACAAGCUGCAGUUCCCUCUGUCUGGUCUGCUGAUGCUGAAUCUGGCUCUCAAUCCGUUUGAGUUCUUCAUGUUCAAUUUUGCGUACUGUCUCAUCACGCCAAAGAAUUACCCUCUAGGACAACAUGCCAGCAGCACAGACAGCGCCUACUUUGUGCUGGUGGACACGUACCUCAAAUACUUCCUCCCCACUGAGGGAAGUGUGCCCCCGUCCCCCUUCUCUGACUCCAGAGGCUCCGUCACCGCACCUUCACCCAGAUCGUCCAGUGUUUCUUUUGCUGGUUACGGCGUUCACAGUCCCAGUCUCCUGAAGCAUCACAUAUUUCAUCAGCCUUCAGUUAACGCAGAUCCUGCAGCACAGGAGAUCUGGAGGUCUGAAACACUCCUACAGAUGUUUGUGGAGAUCUGGCUCCAUCACUACUCCUUGGAGAUGUACCAGAAGCUGCAGUCUCCUCAGGUAAAGCUGGCGCUGCUGCAGUACCGCCUCAGUAUGUCCAGCAUGCCGUGCCAACCCCACGCCCCACCAGGCUCUGGGACCCUCCACACCUACCAAGAACCGUUCAGCCCGACAGAGGAGCACGUGCUGGUGGUUCGUCUGCUGGUGAAACAUCUGCACGCCUUCUCCAACAGCCUGAAGCCCGAGCAGCUGUCGGCCUCGCCGUCGGCUCACUCGCACACUCACACCAGCCCGCUGGAAGAGUUUAAGAGAGUGGUGAUGCAGCGUUUUGUCCAACAGAAGCUUUACCUGUUCCUCCAGCACUGCUUCGGUCACUGGCCUCUGGACGCCUCCUUCAGAGCUGUGUUGGAGACGUGGCUGAGCUACAUCCAGCCGUGGAGAUACACCGGAGAGAAGACCAAUCCUCAGCCCGACCAAAACAGAACCGUGCCUGAUAAAUGGGAGUCGUUUGUUCAGGAGAACCUGCUCGUAUAUACGAAGCUCUUCCAGGUGUUUCUGAACAGAGCGGUGAGGACUGAUCUGGUUAACGCCAAAAAUGCACUGAUGGUGUUCAGAGUGGCCAAAGUGUUCUCUCAGCCGAACCUCGCAGAGAUGAUCCAGAAAGGUGAGCAGCUGUUUCUGGAGCCCGAGCACGUCCUCCACCACCGGCAGCCCCGCUACCUGACGCCGAGCCAAGGGGGCAGCUUCCUGUCGUCGCGGCAACGGGUGGUGACAGACAUGGUGUUCAGGGUGAAGAGUCAGGUGUACGCUUUGGAGGGCCAGGACUGCCAGUACAAACAGAUGUUCGGCUCCGAACUCAGAGGAGCCGUUAUGAAGUUGAUCCAGAUCAUUGCACAAGCUCGACAGACGGCUAAAAGGAUAUCGGAUCACUCCAACGAGGUGGCGGCAAACACGUCGUUCCUGUCCUGGUUCGGGUUUGGGUCACCCGACCUCAACAACACGUUCGCCGGGGCCGAGCCGGAGGACAGCGGAGAGGUUCUGAAGAAGACCCACGAAUUCCUGGACAGAGCUUUGGAGAAUUUAUGUCAAAUCUUUAAGCUGAACCAAGGGCAGCUGACUCAGCUCAUAUCCAACCUGGGUUCCUCCCAGGACGACGGCAACUCCAAGCAGCUGCCGGACUGCAUCCACGGAGAGAGCGGACUGAUCCUCACUGACCUGGGCAGGAGGCAGAUAAUAAACGGACUGCGCAGGUUUGAUAUUCACUAUCAAGGAGACCCGGAGCUGCAGCCCAUUAGGAGCUAUGAGAGCGCCCUGCUGGUCAGGCUGUUCUACAAGAUCUCCUCUCUGGUUAAUAACAGGUUCGGAGGUCACAUGAACGCGCUCUGCUCCCGUCCCGACCUCCUGGGCCGCCUGGGUCGUCACUACUUAACGGAUCCUGAUUCGACCGUGAAGGCGGUCCACAGCCCGUUGUCCCGGCGACCGUUAGAGAGGAACCGCGAGCCCAGACUGAGCCUGCGGGUGCUGGCCAGCUACAGGACGCUGCUGCUGCUGCUGCUCUUCUACGUGUUGGGAGCGCUGCUGUCCUUCGGCCCCGUGUCCUCCACCCUUCUCAUCCUCACGGGGGGCUUCCUGUACGGACUCGUCAUGAUGCUUUUUGGAGACAAACUGAAAACGCACUAACGGAGCGGCACGGGGCUCCUGCACACGCCCCCCCCC